CUUAAAAGACACUACCCACGCACAUCUAAAACGAAAGCUACAAUGACUGCAAGCAUCGCGAAUCAAGACGUGAUUGAACGUCUAUGUACGAAGGUCAUCAAUGCUCGCGCACAGUUUGCUGCCCAGCAGGGCAAUAAUUUACGUCGGCGGGUGCAGACAUCACCAUCAGAACAUUACCACAUCGCGAAAUCUGCUCGUACGACUUACGAUCUCUCAACAUGGUUAGGUGAUCUCCGUGAUGAUCCGGCAGUCAAGAAAUUUCUUCCCCGCCUCAAAGACCACUUAUACGCACGUGUUCAAGGUCUUGCGUAUGAAGGCGAUGAGAACGACUUCACUGAUGCUGAGCGGAACUCCAUUCUGAUCACGGACAACAAAUUAUUUGAACAUAGCAUUGUUCAG